GUUCCUUCAACAUACCAUAUCCCACCUCUCACCUCUACACUCCCACCCUACAAUAGCCUCACUUGCCCGCCCUCCCCCCUCCCGUUCCCUAGCCCCCGAAUUUUCAAUGAACAUCUCUAUCGUCGGCGCUGGCAUCGCAGGUCUAGCCGCCGCCAUCGCAUUACGUCGUGCAGGCCAUAACGUGGAAAUCUACGAAAAAAGUCAAUUCAAGAAUGAGAUUGGGGCAGCGAUUCUGUUGACGCCAAAUGGGAAUCGCAUACUAAGGAAAUGGGGAUUUGAUUUUGAGAGGGCGCGGCCUGUGGAUUUUGGACAGUUUAGAUUUGUCCACGGUGAGUCCCUGAAAGUUGUAAUCCAUGAAGAUUUCUCUGGUGUAGAAAGCCGUUUCGGAGACCGCAUGUGUGCAUAUCAUCGCGUGGACCUUCAUACCGGACUUCGGGACCUCGCGGAAAGGGAACGAGAAGGAUGGGCACCACCUGCGAAGAUUAAGCUUGGCGCCGAAGUAGUAGGUGUGGAUGCGGAAAAGGGCGAGUUAACACUUUCAGACGGGAUUAGAGUGGAGAAGGACUUGGUGGUGUUAGCGGAUGGAUGUCAUUGUCCCUUCCUCCUCGACAUUACCGGCGAAAACACCCCCAGCGUCAAAAUCGGGAAAAGCGUAUAUAGGUGGUUAGCCCCUUUCGAUAAAGUCAAAGAACACCCCGUCGCCAAACAACUUUGGGAAAACCAACCUGCAGGCUUCUGCUCCUUCUUCAACGAUAACGGUAUCUUCAUGGUCACCUAUCCAUGCCGGAACUCUGAACUUCUCAACUGCGCCGUAUUCCACGACACACGGCCCGACGAACGUGACAAAGAUGACUGGAACGCAAACACUACCCAUGAAAAAGUCCUCGAAGCGUUAGAGGGGUUUAGUGAUGCUGUUAGGAAUAUCCCGCUCACGACUCCGCAUAUGAAGGCUUAUACUGUCACGCAACGGCCUCCAAGUACACGUAUUCACAAAGGCAAAGUGCUCGCAAUAGGUGACACAGUACAUCACAUGCUACCCACACAUGCCCAAGGCGGAGUCGCAGCCCUCGAGGACGCCGCCGCUCUGGAGGUCCUCUUCGAUUCCUCCCGCUUCGCCCCCACAUCCCCUCCUUCUCCCUCCACCCUCGAAGCUAGACUCAAACUCUACACAACUCUACGCCUCCCCCGCUCCGCUACAAUGCAAAUACUCUCAUCCACAAAUCCACGUUUCACAAUGGCGAACCUCGCUACCAAAAACGAAGAGAUCCGGAAGUUUUACCAGGGGGAUCUGAUUGAUUGGCCGCUGGGUUGUACUAGUUGGAGUGAGCCGAUACGUGAGUUUAUAUAUGGGUAUGAUGUUUUUUCCGAGGCGGAGAAGGCGAUGGAGUUUAGGGAGAGGGAUGAUGGAAAGGUGCCUGAUGGCGUGCUUAAAUGGUUUGGAGAGGUGGAUGAGAAGUGGACAAGGAGUGAGUAUGCGGGUUUGGCAUAGGAGUUGUUAGGGCGGGAUUUAGGUCGGGGUCUAUAAGGGUGACUAAUAGUGGUAGGAAUGUAGUAGCCAUAAUUGACUGUAGGUUGUGCGACGUUGGGCAAUGAAAUUG